AUGGUUGUGUUUGUGGAUGUAAAGCUCAAUUUAAAUUCGUUGAGUUUGGCCCAAACGUUCUUAAAAGAAAUAAAUUCGGAGGUCAAAUUUAGUGAUAGAGGUUACGGAAAGGUUGAAUUCAUGUUAGGCCAAGUACUGUUGUUGAUCAAGUAUGUUAUUGGUAAGAAAAUAGCUAAACUAUUGAACUCAAAUUUAAAUGUUGAACAAUUUACUAGUAAUGAUUUAUUAGGUGACAAACAUUUAAAAUUUAAUGUUGUUGAACCUCUUACAGAUAUACAAGCUAAAAUAUUAAAAAGUUUGUUAAAAGUUGUCUGCUAUCAACAGGACUCUAAUAAAAAGGUUGAGGAAUUUAUUAUUCAAGAGGGCCAAGAAAAUAUGAUUUUAUCACUUUUUGUAGAAGCUAUUCAGUUCGAAACAUGCUUGCAUUAUACAGAUACAAGAGAAAAAACAUUUGAUCUAGUAAAUAUUCAUGAAAAUAUUAAAAACAUAACUGCUGCAUUAUCAAAAACGUCAUUUUUUGAUGGUAAAGAUUUAAAUGCCAGAGAGAAUUAUGUUAUAUACUUAUUUUAUUGUUUAAAAGAUUCCGAAAUACAGACAAAAAUAGCCAACAAGGAUUCAGUUGAAAGCUAUGAUGAGAAUGAAUCUGACGUUUCUGAAGAUGAAACUGCAUAUUCUAAUUCUCAAUCUAAUAUGACAAACACUGGAAUAGCCCUUUCAAAUCAUAUAUUAAAUUUGACAACAAUUACUUUGCUACCCUCAAAGUCUUUUGAAAAUCUCUGGGAAUCGCUGCAUUUUGACACUAAUAUUAAACAAAAGCUAUUUAAUUAUGCAACAAUCUCACUUAAACUUGGGAAAUAUAUAAGUAAAAGUGGUAAAAACCAGCAGCUAACCAAUAAUAAUAGUAAUAGACUCAUUUUGCUUCAUGGUCCACCUGGAACAGGAAAGACAACAUUAUGUAAAGCUUUAUUCCAAAAAAUAUCAAUGAGGUGUCAAAUAAACGAUGCGACUUUGAUUAUAGAUAAUCAAGGAAGUGGAAUACUGAUUGAACUGUCUUGUUCAAAAAUCUUUUCAAGGUGGUUUGGCGAAUCAGCCAAGAAUUUAGAAAUAUUAUUCACUGAAAUCAAAAAUAUAAUAAAACAUUAUAAUUCAAUGGGUAAAUUUGUGUGUCUUCUGAUCGAUGAAGUAGAAGCAAUUGCGUACUCACGAACAGAUUUGCUUAAUAAAAAUGAAACAACUGAUAGUAUAAGAGUUGUUAGUACCCUUUUGACUUUGCUGGAUUCUUUAAGGACAUUUGAAAAUAUCUUGACACUUGCAACAUCGAAUCUGAUUGGUUCAUUAGAUGCAGCAUUUGUGGAUCGAGCAGAUUGGAUAUUUUAUGUCAAUAACCCAUCUGAAAGAGGGAUAACUUUGAUUUUAGAUUCUAGUAUCAGAGAAUUAUUAAACUUGAAUAUUCUAAGUUCACCUUUAGGGAAUGGGACACUAAAUGAUACACAAUAUCAAGAAAUUUUGAAAACCAUCGCACACACAUGCUUCGCUAAAAAUAUGAGUGGUAGGAUAUUAAAGAAGCUUCCAAUAAAAUGUAUAUCAGAAUACUUCUUUGAUCUACCGGUAAAAUUAGAUGAUUUUUUGCUUGCAUUUGCUCAUACAGUUGUAAAGUUAUCAGACAAGGAAUCUGUCUAG